AUGGGUCUGUCGGUAUGGUUCGUGCUCGCGCUCCUUUGCGUAUCCUUCGGUGAAGCCGCUCCGCAGAGGAACCGGGGCGGAAGGGGCGGCGGUAACGGUAACGGUGGUGGUGGUGGUGGUGGACAACAACAAACGCCGCAACAGAAGGCGGCGCAGAAACCAGGUGGUAUUUCCACUGCCAAAGAUGGCUCCACCAUUCUCGACCAGACUGUACAGAUCAAUGGCCUCGCGAUCCGAUACCGAGUCAGCGCCCCCGCCGAGCAAUUCACCACCACGUCGGGCGUGCAAGGCGGCGCCGCCUCCCCCAACAGCAGCACCACCGGCGGCGCCGCCGGCACCAUCGGGAUGAAUGUGCUCCUGCACGGCGACGGCGGGCAGUCCUUCUUCGACUUCCCCAACCAGGGCGUCAACGCCAACCUCAUGGGCGUGGCGGUCCUCGCGCCCGACCCGAACCUCAAGUGGGGGGGCGCCGACCGCAACGGCCAGCAGCGGCCCGACGGCGUGCCCCACGCGCAGGCCGUCGCCGACCUCAUCACCCGCGAGCUGCCCCAGGUCGUCGCCUUCAACGCCUCCAACGUCUUCUUCACCGGCGUGAGCGGCGGCUCGCUCACCCUCUCCGGCUUCUUCAUGCCCGCGCACAUGGGGCAGUUCCCCAACACGGGCGUCAUGCUCAACUGCGGCGGCAUGCCCCCGCAGGUGGACUUCACGCGCGAGGCGGCCGCCGCGAUGGGGAACACGCGGAUCCACUUCCAGUCGACGAGCCAGGAGCUCAAGUCGCUGCAGAGGUCGAUCCCGCAGGCCGUGCAGGCGUAUGAGCGGGCGGCGGCGGGUGCGGGGCUGAGCGGCCAGCAAAUUAAUGCGCUGCAGACGGUGGAUAACUCGCCGAAUGGCGGGCACUGUGCUUUUGACGAGAAGGGUUUCGUGAGUGGUGUGCAGCUCAUGGCGGAUAGCUACCAGGAUGUUAUGCUUCCCGGUGGGAGUGGCCAGGUUAAUGGGAUUGGGAACGUGAAUAAGGGGGUGGUGGGCAACGAGAACCUGCAGUUUGCGGCAGGAGGUAGGCAAUAG